AUGUCAACUGUGGAGCUUGUUCUUGCAGUAUUCGCUACAGUUGAUCUCUGUGUUACCCGUGGUCUAUUUCUUAUUGAGGAAUAUAAAUCUAUCAAGAAUGUGUCAAUUGAUUAUGACGAGCGGGUUGUGGCUAUAGAGGCGACCUGGACCAGAGUUUCUCAGCAGCUCACACUUCUUAAAAGCAUUUGGUACGAACUUAACGAAGAGUAUCGCAGUUUACAAGAACGUAUUAUUCCGAUCCUGGCCCGCAAGCUGGAGAAUGCAACAUCAAAUCUCAGCAAAAUUCACCAAAAGCACAAUUCUCAGAAGGCCGUUAUUCAUGGGGCCAUAGCUCGAUCACGCUUUGUUCUCUUCGUGAACAGAUCGUUGAAUGAAGCUAUCUUAGACUUGCAAAACUGGCAAGGUAAUUUUGAUCCGUCUUGGUACCUCAUCACCAGGCAUAUCCAAAAUCAAUCGAUAGACAAUGCACUGGCCAAAGCAAGCUCUCAGACAGUCGGUGCUAGUCCGUUUACUACAGCUUAUCGAAUCCGUGUUAUUCUUCAAGAAGGGGAGAUCCAGCAUAUACCAAUUCUCCCUUCGCAUGAGGUUUUGCCCGCUGCUCGACGGUCUGUCAUCCGUUUCACUCAAUUUCAGCAAGUGAAUAAUUUGACUAUCACGUCGCUCCCAUGUAUUCUCGAUAUCUUUCCGUUUAUUCCACAUGUUGAUCCCGAAGAAUUAGCUCCGAAUGUCCAAUCUCUCGCUUCUAGACUUCAGAGUCUUGAUCCGUUUGAGUUCCACGUGCUCAAAUGUCGCGGGGUCUUGAAGGCCGACGAUAUCCAACCUGAUAAAACCGCCACGCCGUGGACAUUUAUUUUUGAUAUGCCGGGAGCCUUGCGCAACCCCCGAAGCCUACGUGAACAUCUCUUGUUUCCUGAUGUUUGGCGGUCACUGACCGAUAAGCUCCGCAUGGCAAAGCAACUUGCCAUAUCCGUUAGCUCCGUCCAUUCCCUUGGGUUUGUGCACAAGGACAUUCGCCCAGAAACUAUCUUAGUCUUUGGGGAUGGAAUUUUUCCACUCCGAGAGCUUUUCUUGGGGGGAUUCGAGGCGUUUCGCCCUGCGGGAGGCGGAAGUCAAAGAUACGGCGAUCUCGACUGGGCAAGAAACCUCUAUCGACACCCUGAUCGUCAGUGGCUGUACCACAGAGCCGACUUUAUCAUGCAACAUGACAUCUACAGUCUUGGAAUCUGUUUGCUUGAGAUUGGUUUGGGAGAAUCGUUCGUUGAUUAUGAGGAUACUGAAAAUGAUGAUUCUGGCGCGGGAGGUGGGCAUGUCUCGCCGUCAAGUCGCUGUCUCAAGACCAAGCACCUCUACACCGCGAACAGAUACUUCAUUUCACUUGCUCAGGAGCAGCUCCCUCGUCAUAUGGGCGAUAUUUAUGCAAGGAUUGUGGUCAGCUGCCUAACCUGCACUGAUCCAGAAAAUGAAGAUUUUGGAGAUGAGCGCCAAUGUCGGGAUCAGAACGGUGUACUCAUCGGGGUUGCCUACAUUGAAAAGGUAAUUUCUGCUCUCAAUUUGGCUGUUCUCACCUCUUCCCCUCCUUAAAUCCUUCAAGCAAGACUUCAUCUAAUAUGAAGAUAGAUAUUGCUCCAAAUGAAUUCCAUCUCUCUAUGAGGCCGCAUAUGUGCUCGUGGUGCGGGGUGUCACCGACAUUGCUGCAACAAGCCUGGAUCUCCAUCACCGUACAUUAUACAAGUGCCUUAUAGUGCUUUAUAGACUCCCAGUACUGGAUAAUUAUACGCAAUAUCAUCGAACAUAUUACUGUGUAUUGUGGACUGACCCCCGGUGUCUUCCGAAAUAGCCCAUGGCUUCCGACUUUAACCGACCUGCGAUUAUGCAAGAUAUUCUUGACUUUUGAUACUUUCAACCCUCAGCAGGAAUUGAUUGUGGUCAUUAUACAAACGUCUUUUCAAGAAGCUACGCUGAAGCAGAGGACGAUCCUCGCGUGAAGAUUGCCGGACAAUAUCAUCCCCAUUUAUAUCUUGAUGUUCAACAAGAAUUCAAUAAGUGCUGUUUUGGAAU